ACCAUGUCCGCCGUCAUAGGCAAACUGUACUCCCCUCUACUCUCAUUUAAAACUAAUUCUCCAUGAAAUAACAGUAACGCGGGGCCUCAAGGAUGGCCAACUCGGGUGCUGUCCAGGUGAAACUAGAACUUGGUCAUCGUGCCCAGGUCAGAAAGAAACCCACCGUGGAAGGCUUCACCCACGACUGGAUGGUGUUUGUCCGAGGACCAGAGCACAGCAACAUUCAGCACUUUGUGGAGAAAGUAGUUUUUCACCUGCACGAAAGCUUCCCUAAACCAAAAAGAGUGUGCAAGGAUCCACCGUACAAAGUGGAGGAGUCCGGAUACGCUGGCUUCAUCUUGCCUAUUGAAGUUUACUUCAAAAACAAGGAAGAACCGAAGAAAGUUCGCUUUGAUUACGACCUGUUCCUCCACCUGGAGGGCCACCCGCCUGUCAAUCAUCUCCGCUGCGAGAAGCUCACCUUCAACAACCCAACAGAGGAGUUUCGUAGGAAGCUACUGAAAGCCGGAGGGCAACGGGAUCCCCACAAACGAAGUACAGAAGACUCAAAAGUGAUGGUAAUGCAGGAGGGCUCCUCCUCCCUGUUCGGCCAGCACCUGAAGCUGCCUACACUUCCCAACAGCUCGCUGAUGUCCACCUUCUCUGACCCAAAGAAGAGCAAAAGCUUCCACGGGUCAAAGGAUGGUUCCAAAGGAAGCUGUACUACCCUUCUUACCACCGCCACAACCACCAGCACCAACAGCAGCUUCUCCAAACUCCACAAACCCUCCAAGGACCAUAAAGACAAGCCUCCAAAAGACUUGAAAGAGCCUAAAAGUGCCUUCAGAGACUCUGGCUGGGAACCCAGCAAAGCCUCCAAAGAACCCUCCAGGAAACCCAAAGAGAACCAGCCACUUAGAGAUAUCAACCCUAAGAUGGGCUUCAAGGAACCCAAGUCUUUGUCCAAGGAGCAUCGGACUGAGGGAAUGAACCAUGUGUCAGGGCUAAACAAGCGUCUGUCCACCCCCGAAGGUGACGAUCACCUGACCAAAAAACGCAAAAAGGGAUUUGGGGAUUCAUCAGGGAAGCAGACAUCGAGCUUAGACGCUCAACAUUUGGAUAAGAAACUCUUGAAGGAUAAAUCACAGAUGCGAACAAGUAAAUUGCGACCAGAAGGUGAUGAGGCAGAACGCAGGAAGGUGUCCACACUUCCACCAUUCCAGGAACUGGUGGACCCCAAUGACUCUGAUAUGGAGGACCAGUCCACCAAAUCAGAUUCCGAACAGCCCAGUCCGGCCAGCUCCAGCUCCAGUUCAGGCUUUGCUCCCACGCACCACAAACGACAAGUGCUGGGCCCGUUGCAGUCAGUCAUGCAGGAUCUGCACUCAGACGACAACGAUGAAGAUUCAGAGGACGACGAUGACAACGACAUGGACUCUGACGUGGAGCGGCCAGCACACACGCAUCUCACACACCAUCAACGCCGGGUCAGCUUGAGUGAUGGCAGUGAGAGUGACAGCUCCUCGCCCUCACCCCCCUCCCGCAAUGAAGCCCCGCCAUUACUAAAGACUACUAAUAACCAGAUACUGGAAGUGAAGAGUCCCACCAAGCAGAACAAGCAGGACAAGAACAAAAACCUGGAUUGUGACAAGGCUUACCUGGAUGAGCUGGUGGAGCUGCACAAAAGACUGAUGACACUAAGAGAAGGUCACAUACUGCAACAGAUUGUGAACCUGAUUGAAGAGACUGGACACUUCCACAUCACAAACACUACUUUUGAUUUCGACCUUUGCUCCUUGGACAGAAGCACGGUCAGAAAGCUCCAGAGUUACCUGGAAACCUCUGGACUGUCCUGAGGCUCUGAGCAGCUGGCUGCUGGAUCUCUGUCUCCACACAGACUUUGGAUUUUUUCUUGAAUAAACUCCAAUUUUGGAUGCAAUGCAAAAGCCCCACUGUGGCUGGGUCCAGUUGCUGCGUGUCCAGCCUGCUGGUUGGACUGGGCUCUCUGAAUGGAGAGGUGGUCCCGCUACUGAAACCAGAGCCAGGUGUCGUGGGGAUGAGCCCUGUCGAUCAGGAGAUCACCCAGAAAGCCUUGAGAACUUCACAUGAUUUAUAGGAAAAAAAAAAAAAAAAAAAA